GUGUAUCUUGAGUGGUUGUGUUUUCGCUAUCGAGUGAAAUGUCUCAGGUGUAUGAAAACAUCUUUUGUGACGCUCUGAAAGAUUUCAGAGUUUCAGAGGAUGGCCUGAUUUCAGGCUAUUGUAAUUCGUUGGAGGAGGUGGAAACACUUCUCGAUCAGCUGAAAACUGUGGGGUUUUCAUACUGCGUGAGAAGUAGUCGUUUUAAAGAGCCAUCUUCAGAUGUUAUGAAAAGUAAAACAAAGCAUUUCUUCAAGCAAAUGCAGGGACAUGUCCCUAUCCCCUUUUUUGGUUGUGCAUUUGCAGUGGAGAGUGUGUGGUCGAGGCACUGUGUUUUGGGGCCAAAAUACUAUAAAAGUAAAGAGUCUAGUGUACCUGAGCACUUGGAAGACCAUGUGACUCCUCGUAAGAGACUGAGGAUCAUGGAUACUAGAAAAUCCAACUGCCCAGCAACUUUAAAUAUGAAGUGUAUAAGGGUGUAUCCUGAUUACAGUAUGCACUCAGCAACUGAACACAGGGAUACCAAGGCAAAAGUUCUUGCAAGUCUACAGAAAGAUUUGGCAUUGCCAUGCCCGCCUAAGAGCUAUCUACAUUAUUAUUUGACUGCUUCCCCAGCAAGUGCACACACACAUGCUACUGAAAGUGUUGAAGCAAGUGGGUACAUGCAUCCUUCACUUGUAAAGGAAAUCAAAAACUUAGUACUCAGUGGCAUGACAUCUCUCAAAGUCAUUAAGUUGGCUCUAGACAGAUUUGUUGAAAUCAAUUUCACUGGGACACACAUACCAGGUCAAAUGAAUACUACCUUUUACCCCACAGAGAAAACUAUUUACAGUCACAUUUAUCGGACCCUUUAUGGUACAAAUAAAGUAUUGUUUGACGAGACUAGACUGCAGAAUCAGGUUACAAAGACUCGAGCAAUCACAUGAUUUAUUAUAGACAUUGUACGGGAGCCAAUGGAGAAGUGAAACCAUUACUUUUUUGCUAUCAGAGCAGUUGGCAGAGAGAUCUUUUGAAGAAGUAUGGGGGUAGUUGUUUGUUAGAUGCAACAUACAAAACAACAACAUAUGAUAUUCCUUUAUUUUUUAUAGCUGUGAAGAGUAAUGUGGGCUAUUUGGUUGUCGGUUUUUUUUUUCAUUCAGAUUGAAAAUGCAAGAUCCAUUCAUGAAGCACUAGACAUUUUCAAGGACUGGAACAAGGAUUGGAAUCCCCUCUAUUGGGUUACUGAUUUCUCGGAGUCAGAGAUAAAUGCAAUUGAGCAAGCAUUCCCUCAGACAAAAGUUUACUUGUGCCUUUUCCAUCGAAAACAGGCAUGGGGAAGAUGGUUGAAAAAAAAGGAUAAUCUACGUGUACCAAAUGACAUGAAGACAUUUCUGGAUAUGUGGCAAGAAAUUUCAGAAUCACCAACAGAGAGAGAAUUUAGAGAUCGCGUAGCAGAGUUGCGAACGCAUGAGGUUUCUCGGAGAAACGAGCGUGCAUGGCCAUACUUUCAACAGCAAUGGCUAACGGUAUGUGAAAGAUGGGUGAAAGCGUAUGAGGACAAGGGCAGAUUUGCAACUAUUGACACUACAAAUGGAGUUGAAGCCAUGAACAAGAUUGUAAAACAUUUUUUCCUAAAACACAAUUCAGACAGGACUUUAACUGGGGUUACUAAGGUUAUAAUAAACCAGUUUCUUCCAAACCUAAUUAGAAAGUACUGUCUGCAGAAUUCUGCCAUCAAAGCUUAUAACAAAGAUGUUCCACUGUUUUUGCAUAAAAAAACAAACAAGUUUGCGAAACAUGUCAUGCAGCGAUAUGCAUCAGCAAAAGUUGAGUUAACUGCAAGAUCAGUGAGUAGGAGAUCGGAUGGUUCGUUUUGUGUGGAGAGUGCAAAGUCCAAAAACUGUAAUUAUGUUGUAAACUUUGAUAUACCAGAUUGCACAUGUGAAGAUUUUCGGAGAUAUAAAUACCCAUGCAAGCAUUUCUGUGCAAUCUUUAUUUUUUACCCAGAGUGGGGUUUUGAUAAAAUGCCAGAAAGUUAUAAGACUAGUCCAUUAAUCUGUCUUGAUGAAAUGUAUGGGGUGGGCUUUAGAAGUGGCUCUUCAGUAAUUUCAAAUGAAGGCAGUAGUAGUGACGAAGCUGUUGAGGAGGCAGUUGAAGCAGCUGAGGAGGCUGUCGAGGUUGAGGAGGCUGUCGAGGUUGAGGAGGCUGUCGAGGUUGAGGAGGCUGUCGAGGCAGCAAAUACAGAUGGUGUUGUUCAAACCCAGAAUAUUCCUUUGCAGCAGUUUGAAGCAAGGGAGCUGUGUAAACAGAUUUAUAAUCUCACAUACAACUGCAGCAACAGCGAAACAUUACAAAAAGUACUUGAAUCACUGAGCAACUGUGUGCAAGAUUUGCAAUUAUCAAAUCCUGAAGUUGGUGGUCUCCCAUUGGCAGUGCCAUCAACUUCCAAACAAUAGCGAAGAACGAUGCCAAAAGCCUUACAAGAUCUGUCUUAAACACAUUAUAACUUCCCAUUUGAAGGGUAAGA